AUGAAGCCACCAACACGGAUAGCGCUGCGAUUGGCAGCUCGCAAGCCCCAGCAGCUCUCCUCUACCUCGACUACCAGCUCCCGACUCCUCCUCCCACGAGUACAGUGCCGUCAGAUCCGCACCACGCCCGCGACGCCAGCGUCAGUCUCCCCCAUCCACGGCACCGGUCCGCCACCCGAGCCCCCGCAGCCCGCAGCCUCGAGUCCCGACGUGCGCAUCGAGCGGCGACGCAAGCAAGCCGCGCUCCUCGAGAAGGCGGCCGAGAUCCGACAACAGCAGCGGCAGCAGCAGCAGUCGUCGAAAUCAUCCACUACAUCUACAUCUACAACUUCGGGGGGGAAGAGCCCGCUCGCGCGCAAGCGCUUCUGGGAGCACGUCCACGUGCGCGACGUCGACGGCGCCUGGGAGGUGCACCUAGACAAGCGACCGCUGCGGCACCCAACGACGAAGCAGGUCGUGCGGCUGCCCACCACAAAACCCCUGCUCGCCGCCGCGCUGGCCCACGAGUGGGACAUGAUCGUGUCGGCGGCACAGGCCACGCGGCAGCACCUGAUCCCGCUGACGGGGCUCGUGUGCCGCGCGCUCGACAUCGAGGCCGACGACGCGGACGCUGUUACAAAGGCGCGCACGGGCGUCCAGGAGACGCUGCGCCAGGGAGUCGCGCGCAUGUUGUUGCGGUACCUCGAUACGGAUUCUUUGUUAUGUUGGGCGCCGCCGCCAAGGUUCGAGGACGGACCCGCUGAGGAGGGGAAGAUGGGGCUCAGGGAUACGCAGAAGAGGGCUGCGGAGGAGGUUGUGGCGUUUCUGAGGGGGGCGGUGUGGCCUGGGGUCGAGAUUGAACCGGUCCUUGAUGGCGAGAGCAUCAUGCCGCGCGCGCAGCCGCUCGGCACCCGCGAGAUCAUCGAGGGCUGGAUCAUGGGGUUGAGUGCGUUUGAGCUGGCUGGGCUGGAGCGGGCUACGUUGGCGGGGAAGGGGUUGCUGGGCGCGGUGAGGUUGCUGGUCGAGUGGAGCGAGGGCGCGGUGGGCGCGGGCGUUGGGGAUGGUGCGGGUAUGGGUGUUGAAGAGAAGAAGUUCGGGGUGGAGGAGGCGGCGCGCUUGGCGUCCAUCGAGGUCGAUUGGCAGACGGACUACUGGGGCGAGGUCGAGGAUACGCAUGAUGUGGAGAAGGAGGACCUGCGGCGCCAGCUGGGGAGCGUGAUCUUGCUUGUUGGUGGUACGGGAGGGAACUGA